AUGAACAUUUAUAUUAGGACUAUUUCUUUUACUCUUUUCAUCUGCCUAUUGAUAUUCUCCUCUAAUCAUGGUUCUGUUCAGAAAAAAGAUAACCAAAAUUACAAUUCACAUAAAUUUUGCCUGAAUUGUUCAGGUGGUUACCUAAAAAAUUUCAGAUGUCUAUCUGAAAAUUCGUUAUCUUAUAGUGAUGAAGGUGAGCCCUUAAAAUAUGGAGCAAAUGAUAAUAACUAUGAUUCAAAUUUGUUGAAAACUGAAGAACAAAAACAAGAAAUAAAUGAACAUAUGAAAAUGCUUAUAAAAUUGUAUGUAGAUAGUUCUCAUGAUCCAGUAAAAGAAGAGAAAUUAUUUCAACAAGUAAAGAAAUAUUUUAAACAUCAUGAAUAUAAAGAUUUUAUGCGUACAUUUUUUAAAGUCAUAAAAAUUCACAAUGAUUUAACUCAUUUAAAAAAACAAAUGAAAUCCACUGAAAAGAAAUAUAGGGUGAUUACAUGUGUAGCUGCAUUCUUAUCAACUAUUUCUUUAGUUUUCACAGUUAUAAUGUUAUCUUCAUUAAAUCUAAAAAAUGAAAAUAUGAUCAUAACUACCCUUCUUGGACUUCUUGGUUUUAUCAUUUCACUACCUCUUAUAUCAUAUAUUUUAUCGCCAUAUCUUAAUAAUUCAUUGGAUAAAGGAUAUCGCAUUGCUGAUCUUUACUCAGAAAAAAUAUUAAGACAAAUAUUGCAUUUUGAAUAA